AUGAAUUAUUAAAUACUGUUUUAUACUCAAAUCAUCCAAAACAUUUGGUGGAUAAUAUGUUCAUGGAUUUUUUAUAAGCCUUAUGAAUAUUACCUUUGUUUUCUUUCUAUAAGUAGUAUUGUGAUACGGAUUGCUAUAUUGGUGUUGGAAAGGAAAAAUAUGCACACUUUUAUUUCAGCGAUCCUAUAUUUGCUACAUAAUUGUAUAUACACUGAGGCAAGUCUACGGAUGCCUAUGAAUAAUCCUUUUACAAACCAUUCGAAUUCCUUGAUGAUUUUGAUCAAUUACUUGCAUGCAAACAAGGAAUAAAAAGAAAAUAUUUAAAUAAUGUCGAAGUUCGGGUUUCCCAUAUUUUGUUUACUAAGAACCAUGUCAAUUACUUUUAUCCAAGCCAAUUAUUAAAUCCUGGAAAGCUGUAUAGUGAUAAUGAUUUUUCUGUGUGUGAUCACAAAGGAUGAAUUAAAAAGAAAAAAAGAAGCAAUUAAAAAUUCAGUGAAAGACCUUGAGUCUCAAGAUUAACAUAAUUUUAAUUAAAAAUUCAUAACUUUUUUCCAAUAAGAUUCAAAGCGACAAUCCUUGGGAGCUUCCUUUAAAAAAAGCAGAACCCAUUAUUCCCAUUACAAAGAGAAGCCAGACAUACUCCAAAACAUCCCCUUAUUCAAUGAACCUAAAACCUUUGAUGAAAAUAUCAAAACCUCUCUGCAGUUCCAGAACCUGAAGAAGAGCUUAAACAAAAAGGUUUCAACUAUAAGUGUCGAUAAAUCAGAUUAACAUCUACACACCUUCUUUUAGAACAUAAUCAAUAAUAUCUUCUCCGCUGGAGUGGUGAUUCUCAAUCAAAACCAAAAAGUGACUUUUAUGAACAAUAAAUGCGAGAAACUGCUCGGCUAGAAAGGAAGCGAAAAAGUUGUGGAAUGUCUCAAGAAAAUUAUUACCUCCAAUUCCUUACAUGAAAAUGAUGAGUCUCCAUUGGGACAAAUUCCUCCAAAGUCUAUGGCUAAAAUGAACAAAGUCACAUUUGAAAGGAUCCUUAAGUAUUACCAUGAGAACCUAAUGGAAUUGGACAUUUUUGAUGCAUUCCUCUUCCCCCAAAAAUAUUUAAACUAAUUCUAUCAAAAUCUAUCGCCUAACUCAGAAUUUGAUUAAAGAAGUAGUCUAUCAGAAUCCUAUAAUGAAACCUUCCUACAAAGAAAGGAUGCUGUGACCUAUGAACAUAUAAUGAAUGGAGAGGGCGGUCUUCUAAAGAAGUUAAAAAUAGUCAUCCUACCCACUUAUAUGACGAAUGCUUAGCAAGAACAACUUUCGUAUCCAUCGCAAUAAAAAGUUCAUGUCAGCAGAACAGCCAUCCAGGGAGAAAGCGUUCAACCAAUCAUAGUUAUCAAGAUCAAGAAUAUUACUAAGAAGCAUAAGAUAGAGCAAAUGAACAAGGAAAAGGAGAUACACAAUUCUUUACUCAAAUCGUUUUCGCAUGAAUUAAGAACUCCUUUAAAUAGCAGCUAAGAAAUGCUUGUGAUACUGAAGGACAUGAUUAAGGAUCCCAAACUUUUGGAGUAUGUUGAAUUCGUUCAUAUUUCAAUCAUAUUUUUAAUUCAUUAAAUAAAUGACAUUUUAGAUUAUGCAGCCAUGUAAUCAAACACAUUCAAAUAUAGAUAUUUUGAAUUUAAGUCAUGUGAGAUUGUUGAGGAAAUCAAAUAUAUUUAUUCUAGUCAAUGCAAUUCUAAGAAAAUUGAUUUGCAAUUUAAAUUUGAUGAGAAAUCCAUAGGCAAUAUACGAUCAGAUAAAUAAAGAAUAAUGCAAGUGUUAAUUAAUUUAAUAAAUAAUUCCUGUAAGUUUACACCUCAAGGUGGUAAGAUUGUUUUCUCCUUGAAAUUAAUAGAAUAUCCGUUUAUCAAAUUAUAAGUUAAAGACACAGGCAUUGGAAUUGGUUCAGAAUAAUUGUAAAAUCUAAGGAAAGUUUUAACUACUUCCAUGGGUAAGAGUUUACAUAGAUCAAGAAUUAAAAAGAGCUUAGGCUUGGGAUUGAAUAUUUCUGCUAGGAUUGUAGAAGGUUUGGUGUCAAAAAAUGACGGAACUCUUGAAAUAAUUUCAAAGAAUAAAAACAAAGGAACUAAGAUAUAUUUUAUUAUUGAGAAUUUAAUCAUAUUUAGGGAUGAGUCUGUGAGAAAUCCUAUGAUUUCUGAAUACACAACUAAAAAUAACACUUAUAAAUAAUAAAUGUCAUAUUAUGAGGGUAGUAAAUGCAGUUAAAUAUUACCACUUUUAAGGCAAUUAUCAGAAAAUUCUAAAUUUGAAGCUUAAUCUCCUUCUAAGAGGAGUAAAACAACCAAAAGCAGGUUCUAACCAGGAAAUUAAGUGGAAAGUUCUUUGGAUAUGGCAGAUAAUUUUUCAUAUCGAAUCGAUUUACCCUUAAGUCCUGAAUAUUUUUUGUAUAAGGAUUAAAACAAUGAUAAAAAUACAAUAACUCCUUAAUGUCAGUAAUGCGUAAGAGUAUUGAUUGUUGAUGAUAUACCUUUUAAUUAGAUAGCUUUAAAAGCUCUUCUCCUGCAUUAUAACAUUAAGGUUGAAUAAGCAUAUGAUGGUUAUUAAGCAAUUGAUUUAGUUAAGAAAUAAUUAGAUAAACAUUGUCAAUAUUAUACAUUAAUCUUUAUGGAUAUUGAAAUGCCUGGAAUCAAUGGCUUUCAAGCUACCAAAGAUAUUCUUAAAAUAACAGUUGAUUAAUCCCAUAUUAUCAUGUGUUCUGCAUAUGACACUGAAGAAAAUUUUAGAGAAGGAGAAUCAGUAGGAAUGUCAGAGUUCCUACCUAAACCCGUAAAUUAAAAGGAAUUAGAAAGAAUAUUAGAUAGAUUUGGAUUUCUAUGA